ACAUCAGACCUGGGCAAGGGGCAGCCCGGUGCCACUUCAAGGGACAGAGGACUACACGAGCGCCGCAGCAAAGAUGAAAUCCCGGAACUUACUAAAGUCUCUUCUGUUGCUGCUUCUGGUGGAGUUCAGUAGACAGGAAGCUGGAGAUACGGUGUGCGAGAAGGGGUUCCGGUGGAGCAGAGAUCUGGAGAGGUGUAAAGACUGCAGGCUGUGCGAGAUUUCCAGCAAGGACGACUUCUGCCAGACAUGCGACUCCGAGGAUAAACAGGCGGAUUUUCCGUUGCUAUGGGUCAUCGUCAGCGUUGCCGUCGCUGCUUUCCUGUUCACCUUCAUCAUCACCCUCACCGUGUACCUGAUUCACUGCCGCCGGAAAAAUAAAUUCACCACUCCCAUAGAGGAGACCGGAGCCCAUUCAGCGGAGGAACUCCUCAUACACUGAAGGUGAGCCUCCAAUCACCCGCAAGGAAGAUGAAGGAAGCUGCUACCCAAUCACUGUGUAUAUAUAUAUAUAUGUAUAGAAGGUGUAUAUAUAUCUAUAUAUGUAUAUAUAUCGUUUCCUGCGCUGGACGCAGACGAUGGAUAUUUUUUUUUUAACCUUAUCUCGCCAUGGGGGGUGGGGCCAGGACGCAUUGCAGAGCAGCGCGCUCCCCUCUCCUCCGGCCAGCAAGGGGUUAACGACGGCUUCCAGCGCCCACCGCCAAUCUUCACACCGUUUCCUCCGCCGAAGGUUCUCAGGAUCGGAGCUCGCUUCCCGCCAGCGCAACCCGCUCACAUUCCUCCCAGACCGCCGCCGCCCGCCAGGAUGGGCCGCCCCCUUCGUAGAGCCCGCGUCGGGCCGCGUCAGAAAAUAAAGUUGUGUCUUUUUGUUUUUA